AAACGAGUCCUGCGGUAUUGUCUCGGAAUAAUUCCAUCGUCUUUCUUUACUUUUGCCUUUGCGCAUGGGGAUCUAGCUUUCAAUUUGUCUACCCGUAUUAUCCUCCUCACAAACUGAGGGCUCAAAGAUGACGGACAAGCUCCCCCCUCCGCUCCUCGCCCUCUUUCAGCCUCGCCCACCUUUACGCUAUGUUACUCCCAUUGACCGUGCACCAGAGGACUGUAAGAAGAGUACGCUCGGCGGCGUUGCACAGUUUCUUCCCGACCUGAGGAAAUAUGAAGAGGAGUACCCAUACAAUGCUACAGAGAGUUGGAUCCAGCGCAAAAUGCGGCAGAAGCAGGAGAAGAAGGAGAAUAUGGACAAGCAUUUGACAGUUGGCCUUCAAGACUUCGACCCUGCGAACGACCCGCAAGCACGAGGCGACCCCUUCAAAACGCUUUUUGUCUCCCGUCUCAGCUACGAUGUGAAGGAGUCAGAUCUGGAAAGAGAGUUUGGACGAUUUGGUCCUAUUGAGAGGAUCCGUAUCGUUAAAGACACUGUAACCCCGAAGGGUUCGAAGAAGCCACACAAGGGUUACGCUUUCAUCGUUUACGAGCGCGAGAAGGACAUGAAAGCCGCUUAUAAAGAGACGGAUGGCAUCCGUAUCAAAGACCGGCGUGUCUUAGUUGAUGUGGAACGCGGCCGCACUGUUAAGGGCUGGAAACCUCGGCGUUUCGGCGGUGGUCUAGGAGGCCGUGGUUACACCAAAGCGCUACCCUCGCGCCCUAUUGGUCCUGGAUCAUUCAGUGCUCCCUCCGGGCCUGGCGGUUUCGGCGGCGGAUUCCGCGGUGGCUUUGGUGGUGGCGGUGGUAGAGGCUUCAAGGGCGGUUUCCGCAAUGAUCGGUUUGGUGGUCCUCGUGGCGGCGUCGGAUAUCAGGGAGGUCGCAACGGGUUUGGCGGACAGGCCCCGCCAAACGCACCGUCUGGCCCCGGUGGUGGUAGAAGCGGCGGCUUUGGUGGCGGCAGGUAUGAUCGCGAUCGGGGUGCAACUGGCAGCAACCGUGAACCGAUACGGCCCAGAGAUGGCUUCUCCGACCGCGAUCGCAGGGAAGACCGGGACCGCGAUGGUGGUGACCGUCACAGGGAUCGCGACAGGGACAGCUUCCGUCACCGGGACCGGGACCGCGACCGUGAUCGUGGUGACAGGUACGGAGGCCGGGAAGACUAUGGACGGAAGAGAUACCAUGAGGAUGAUGCAUACGAUGACCCUCGCGCCAAGAGAAGAUACUAAACGCCUGCCUUCGAAAGGAUUAUCCCCGUUUAGUACUCAACACGGUUUGCUGGUGGGUAUUUCUGAUCGAUCUUCCAGUUAUUCUCAUCGUCUAUCACGGCAAUGGGUAAGGCAAGGUCCACUAUCAUUCAGGUCUCAUGCCUCCAGGCUUGACCAAUACUUACAACAGUCGGAGCGCUAUUCAUCCUCAUCUUACGCUGGUACUGAGGUAUUUAUGUACACCGCGGCGAUCUCAUGAUUUCCUGACCCAUGAAAUGGCCUUUUCCUUCCUGGAGAGUCGACGUCUACUGAAACCGGACGCUUGGUCGCAACCCCAUUCUUACUGUUUUUCUUAUCUAGUUAUUCUUCUGCUUUCUUGCAUGUCCUUUUACCCUGUCGCGUUUUCCCCUUCUCCAGGGUUUGCACUGCUCUUUACGGGGUAAGUAUGUACUUUAGGUAGUCAACAUCUUUUCGGUGCAUUCAUGAAGGGAUUAUGGGGGGUCAGGUAAGAAGAUCAGGUAAGGUUUCUUCAACAACAAAAUAACCGAAACCAGGUAUCUUCGUACAGUGUAAAUCAAGGUAAUGGUCGGAAUA